UACAAUUUAAAACUCAAACAGGAAGGAAGAAGCAGCGGACUGAACUGAAAGAACCCCCGGCCGCAAGUGAGAAGCGAGGAUGCUGGGUUCAUCAGUCCGUACAGCGCGGAAACUACGGUGUCUUACUACUAGUAGUAGGAGGUCGUUGUUUACAAAGUCAAACAAAAUCAUGCCAUCCUUUGCGAAUGACUCGUUAAAUUCUACUAAAACAGCAGCAGCAGCAGCAGCAGCUUGGUCUCCCCGGUGGUAUAGUUCAAUAACAAAGCAUGAUUCUGAGCUGAGGGAUGCGUAUUAUUUGGCAAUAGAAUUGGCACUGGACUCGGUGGUGAAGAUAUUCACGGUGUCUAGCAGCCCCAACUAUUUCCUUCCUUGGCAGAACAAGCCCCAGCGAGAGUCUAUGGGUUCCGGAUUUGUUAUUCCUGGAAAGAGGAUUCUCACAAAUGCUCAUGUUGUGGCUGAUCAUACAUUUGUACUUGUGAGAAGACAUGGGUCUCCCACCAAGUAUAGAGCCGAAGUUCAAGCUAUUGGUCAUGAAUGUGAUUUAGCUAUUCUGGUUGUUGAAAGUGAAGAGUUUUGGGAUGGCAUGAACUUCUUGGAGCUAGGGGACAUCCCAUUUUUACAAGAAGCUGUUGCUGUAGUUGGAUAUCCUCAAGGCGGUGACAACAUUUCUGUUACCAAAGGUGUUGUCUCUAGAGUUGAACCCACACAAUAUGUACAUGGUGCAACUCAGUUGAUGGCAAUACAAAUUGAUGCAGCUAUAAAUCCAGGGAAUAGUGGUGGUCCAGCAAUAAUGGGCACUAAAGUUGCUGGUGUAGCUUUUCAAAAUCUUUCAGGUGCUGAGAACAUUGGUUACAUAAUUCCUGUUCCUGUGAUUAAGCACUUUAUUGCCGGUGUGCAAGAAAAUGGAAAAUAUGUGGGAUUCUGUUCUCUGGGUCUGUCAUGCCAGCCAACUGAAAAUGUUCAACUGAGAAAGCACUUUGGUAUGCAUCCUGAAAUGACCGGAGUACUUGUGAGCAAAAUUAAUCCUUUAUCAGAUGCACAUAGAGUCCUAAGAAAAGAUGAUAUUAUCCUUGCAUUUGAUGGUGUACCUAUAGCAAAUGAUGGAACAGUUCCUUUCCGGAAUAGAGAGCGGAUAACUUUUGAUCAUUUGGUGUCUAUGAAGAAACCCAAUGAAACAGCUUUAGUAAGAAUUCUGAGGGAUGGUGAAGAGCAGGAAUACAAUAUCAUUAUCAGACCUUUGCAGCCACUAGUUCCAGUUCAUCAAUUUGACAAGCUUCCUAGUUAUUAUAUUUUUGCUGGUCUGGUCUUUGUUCCACUUACUCAGCCAUAUCUUCAUGAGUAUGGAGAAGACUGGUAUAAUUCAUCACCUCGUCGAUUGUGUGAACAUGCACUGAGGGAGCUACCUAAAAAGGCUGGCGAACAACUUGUGAUUCUUUCCCAGGUGCUGAUGGAUGAUAUAAAUGCAGGAUACGAGCGUCUUGCAGAGUUACAGGUUAAAAAAGUCAAUGGAGUGGUAAUUGAAAAUUUGAAGCAUUUGUGCCAGCUUGUUGAGGGUUGUAGUGCAGAACGCCUGAGGUUUGAUUUGGAUGAUGAUAGGGUAAUUGUAUUGAAUUAUAACCUUGCAAAAUUAGCGACUUCAAAAAUUUUGAAACAUCACAGGAUACCUUCUGCCAAGUCCUGUGACCUUAUUGAUGAGUAGAAGGAAUUGGAAGUGGCCUGCUGAAGCUGUCUUUCGGCCGAAUAUUUUGAUAGAUGACAGUCGCAAAUAUGGUUAGCAUUUGGGUGCUUAAGCCCAUGCUUGUCAUACCAAUUGAGCUAUAUCCUAUUACUCAGGCAAUAUGUUAGUUGUUGAAUUUAGUUUUUUCACUUUCAAUAUGGUUUAGGAUGAAUUUGGCUUGCUAA